UUCAAAGAAAACCAAAAACAGCCCUGAGUUUCGGAGAACCUCGAUUUGGGCACUCUCUAUGUUUCCUAUUUAUAUUUGAUUAAUAUCACUGGUUCAUUUUACAAUGGUGAAGCACCUUUACUAUAAAUAUAAGACCCUUCUCUGAUCCACUCGUUACACCCUUCAACGUAUCCUUUUCUUCCCUCAAUUACAAUUCACAAACACAAUUAAUCACAUACAAUACAGCAUUUUCUCUCUUUACGCACACAGUGUUUGUGUUACGUUAGAAUGGGUUCGUCGCCGAAUUCAAAGCCUAAGAUCAUUAGAGGCACCGCAGGUUAUGUGUUGGAGGAUGUUCCACAUAUGGCUGAUUACAUUCCUGAUCUUCCAACAUAUUCUAAUCCUUUGCAGAACAAUCCUGCUUACUCAGUUGUCAAGCAGUAUUUCGUGCACAUCGAUGACAGUGUUCCGCAGAAGAUAAUUGCUAAUAAAGAUAGUCCAAGAGGGGUACAUUUUCGACGUGCCGGACCUCGUCAAAGGGUGUAUUUCGAAUCAGAUGAUGUUCAGGCUGCAAUUGUGACAUGUGGUGGUCUAUGCCCUGGUCUCAACACCGUCAUUAGGGAACUUGUAUGUGCGCUAUAUCACAUGUAUGGCGUCAAGAAAAUUUUGGGAAUCAAUGGAGGAUACAAGGGUUUUUAUGCUCACAAUACAAUCACUCUAACUCCUAAAAGCGUGAAUGAUAUACAUAAGCGUGGGGGAACUAUCCUUGGUUCAUCACGAGGUGGACAUGACACCACUAAGAUAGUUGACAGUAUUCAAGAUCGGGGAAUUAAUCAGGUUUAUAUAAUUGGAGGAGAUGGAACUCAGAGGGGUGCAGAUAGGAUUUUUGAGGAAAUUAGAAGGCGUCGUCUCAAAGUUGCAGUUGUAGGAAUCCCCAAAACCAUAGAUAAUGACAUCCCGGUUAUUGAUAAGUCCUUCGGCUUUGACACAGCUGUUGAGGAGGCUCAACGUGCUAUAAAUGCAGCACAUGUUGAGGCUGAAAGUGGUGAAAAUGGCAUAGGUGUUGUUAAAUUGAUGGGCCGGUACAGUGGGUUUAUUGCAAUGUAUGCUACUCUGGCCAGUAGGGAUGUGGACUGUUGCUUAAUUCCAGAGUCACCCUUUCACCUUGAGGGUCCAGGUGGACUUUUUGAGUUUACAGAGAAAAGGCUAAAGGAAAACGGCCACAUGGUUAUUGUGAUUGCUGAAGGGGCAGGACAGGAACUUGUUUCUGAGAGCAUCCAAUCCUUGCACAAGCAGGAUGCUUCUGGAAACAAACUUCUUCAAGAUGUUGGGCUAUGGAUAUCCCAAAAGAUAAAGGAUCAUUUUACAAAACAGAAGACAAUGACCAUAAAUCUCAAAUAUAUAGAUCCAACGUAUAUGAUCCGAGCUGUUCCAAGCAAUGCUUCUGACAACGUGUACUGCACACUUCUUGCUCAAAGUGCUGUUCAUGGAGCGAUGGCAGGUUACACUGGAUUUACAAGUGGGCUUGUCAAUGGAAGACAAACUUACAUACCAUUUUAUAGGAUCACUGAGGGACAGAACAAAGUGAUAAUUACUGAUAGAAUGUGGGCUAGGCUUCUGUCUUCAACAAAUCAGCCCAGCUUUACGAUUGCUAAGACUGUCUCUGAAGAAAAGAGGGAAGAAGAAGCAAACGGCCAUGAGUAAGGGUGUUAGGACUUUGGCAUAUGAAAGACACCAAUGUGGACUAGAAUAUCCGAAGUUUAGAAUACCACGACUCACCAAAUGUCAAGGUUACGUGUUGUGAAGGUUUCAACAUUCAACUGCUGAACAUGCACUGUAUCUAUCAACUUGGCUAAACUGGUUGAAAAGAGAGAAAUAACUAUGAUGCACGCUAAAAGUAUGCGACUUAGAAAUUGGAAAACGUUUAUACAAAGAUCAAAUAUUUCGUAAAGAAAUUACCCAAACCAACUUCCACAAGAAUUAAAUGCACGUUGAUAGUUCCACUA